UUUGGAAGCUAUAGAGAACCCUUGAAAAGUGAAUCGAGAGGUAUUUUCCUCCAGCGGACCCCGCGAGUGUGCACUUACUUGGUCUUUAAGAAAACACCAGACCAGAGUGCAGACUCCAGACUACAGAGUAAGGACGACGGGACUCGAAUCGUUCAGGCAGCUUCAAGAUGCAUAUCGGUUUGUUCUUCGCCACGAUCAUUUCUCUCUCUUCCCUUCUUCAGGGAGCAAGUGCCGACUAUGAUCACCACAUUUUGACAUCGAAACGCUCGUCCCCGUUCGAAGUUGCUCUAGAAAAUCUACAGAACCAAAUUGGUUACAAGUUCCAAAGCAAGGUUCUGCUUCGUCGGGCCAUGACCCACACCUCUUUUUCCGGCGAGAACAAUAAAGCUUUAAGCAUUUUGGGAGAGGGCGUUAUAGAAACAUCCGUCGCGCUUAGCUCACUCUCACAGGAUGCAGAGAUAUCAGGGAAGGAUCUGAAUCUUCGGAUCAUUGACGUCUCCGAAGUGAGUGCCUGUGCUGCGGAUGGGUUGCGGUUAGGGUUGGAGAACAUUGUUAGGGUUUCUCCGAAAACCAAUGCUUCGAUGCCAUCUGUUGUUUGUGGUGCUUUCAGAGCGGUCUUUGGUGCAGUUGCUGUUGAUGCAACUAUGGUUGAUGCUGCUAGCGAAGUGUUCUGGAAAAUGCAUGAUGAUGGUGGCCUAGAACUUCGUGCUUCGUAAUUGACUCUAAUUUUCAUGCUCUUUCUUAACAUGCGAUCUGGGUUUUUCUCUAGUUUUACAGAGUAUGAACUCUAUGAACUGGUAUUGUGGAUCUUUUGUAAAUACUGAUGAUGCGCAAGAGUUGUUCGACCAAAUGCUCAUGUUAAAUGUGUUCAUUAUGUAAAGCAUACCCUUAUCCUA